CAGCUUUCAGUACAAACAUCCUUUGGAUACACCUUACACACAGUUCCAGUUACCAAAAACAAAGCCAUAAAUAUGUGCAAGGUACUUUCGCUCGCUGUGCUCCUCAUCCUGGCUUUCGUUGCCUCCGUUCACUCCUGGAGUCCCACCGAUAAUGUGAUGCGGUGCAGCUUCCAGCUGUCGGAGGCCUUGUCCCUGAUCUGCAAAGAGUUUAACCCGAUCAUUCCCCGCGGACAGAAGCGCGGCAUGCCCAUCACCGAAAUGGAUCCUCUGGAUCCCAUCCAAUACGUGGAGGAAAAGGAGAGCGAUUCCUCCGCCCUGGACGUGCCCCAAUACUCGUUUGCCUCACUGUACAGUGGACGAUUCAAUGGUGACGGUCCCGUCAACUCCUUGUCGGCCCUCCACCGACGCACCCGUCAAGGUAUUGUGGACCGAUGCUGCAGGACCAAGUGCUCCUACUCCACCCUCCUUGAGUACUGCUCCGUUCCCCUGUAAUGGAUUUAAAGACUCACCCCGCAACGAAUCUCCACUCCCCCUGACCUUUGACUCUCCCUGGAUUUGGUUGGAAACCAACCAACCAUGUGCAUAUAUAUUAAAUACGAUGGCGAUUAUCUAUAGCUUGUUGCAUGUUAACGUUUGUAAGAACGAUCCAAAUAUAUAGAAUAUAUCCUGCUUUGGGCAUUAGCAAACCAAA